CUGCUCUCACUCCCCCAUUCACUUUCAAGACUCGACAACCUGUGAUCAGCAAUCAACAAAACAUCUCAAGUUCAAACGUCGUCACCCGCUUGCUAUACCAGUCAUUACCAAGGAGCAAUAACCCACCCCUCGCGUCUUAAGUCAACAGCAUCGUACAUCAUGAUUGCUUCCGUUGCCUCGGAUUCGCGUCGCAUGCAGAGGAGGGAUUCGUCCGUCCGAAGCUCAAGCACCAGGAGGCCAAGGUUACUUCGAGCAACCGCAACUGAGCCGUCCAUCACAACCUCCAACGCCAGCCCAAAUGCCCUUGCCACUCAGCCAGGCCGAAGGGCAACCGAACUCCUAAGCAGAGUGGCCUUCGUCUCCGGCUCUCCGCCCGAUUCAAUCCUCAGGUCGCCGUCCCUUCUGUCGACCCGGUCAUCGGUGUACGAUGGCGGCGACAGGCAUAGUGAACUGUCGUCCUCGCCUGACAGCAACGCGGAUGCCUUCGACGACUUGCAUCGCCAUCCAUUCUCUGGACGAUACUUCAGCUUCCCUAGCUUCGACCUUUACGAAGCCAGCCAACAGGACGAUGAGAAGUCAGAGUCCAAGUCGCCUUGAGACUUCCGGCCUCAUUGGUGGGAAAGUCGAGCGGUCUGAUGAUGACUUGGUUCCGCAAAACAAACCGAAUAUGCGUGACUUGGUUGCGGUAUCCAGAACAGCAGCAGAGCCCUUGCACGCCCACGCUCGUUCAACCCGGAAGAUGAGAGCGCCGCAGCGCGAUGCGCACCAUUCCGGGACAGAAGCAACCUCCGGGGGCCACUUAGCGUGGCUAAGCCUACAGCGGGUCCCGAAAGGUUUCAGCCGAGCGUCAAGGUUGGAAGACUGACUGCCUUCACAAAGGCAAGGAAGCCCUCCAUCGCAACCUGCGAACAGAGCAACACCGGGGAAAUCUCAAAACAACAAUCACCGAGCCCCUAGAUUCUGGGGUAUGCAUCUAUAAAGGACGAAUGUCGCCGGGGAUCGAUGAGUGAGGCAAUAGCCGUGGUGCAUCAUAGGAUAUUCGGGGAGGCUUGUGCACGGAUUUCCGUGGCCGUGGCUCAUGGGGGGUUGAAGGGCAAAGAAGGAAUAGGAAUUGGGAUGGUCGUGAGAUGAAAGAUAGGCACUGAACAAGAUAUUCGAUCCGAAUAAGGCAGUUGCAG